AUGGAUAACUAAGCACUCUCUAAGAGUCUUGGAGAUGAAAUUUUGAUACAUAUUGAAAGGAAUGCUGGAAUGUACUUUUAAACUUAAGAUUAAAAUAACAAGAACCUAGAAAAAUAAACACCUUAAAUGAUUAUUCCUAUGAAGACUAUAUCUCCUUAGAUAUCAAGUCUUAGGGAAAUUAAAUUAGUGAAUUCUCUACUUGAAACUGGAGAUGGAUAAAAUCAAUCGGUAAAACUAAUUUGUCGAAAUUGCAAGAAAUAAGUAAUAAAUAAAGAAAAUUUGUUAAAAGAUUCAAACAAAAGUAAGCAGAAGGAUUGGAAAAGGUACAUUGACGAUUUCUUGUAUUCUACUUCUGUGUUCUUUUGGAAUUUUAUGUUUGGCUUGUUUACCUUGUUACAUGGAUGAUUGUAAGGAUAUUAUUCAUGUUUGUCCAGAUUGUCAAUAUCCAAAUGGAUCAACUCCUUACUAGUUUUUCGAAUGA